AACGCGGCUGUGCUCAGCGCUGAGAGCGUCCAGAUUCCGUCGCCGAGGUGCCACCGGGACAAAAAAAAAAGUUUGCGCGCGCGCUUCGCGCAAAUUAACGGUGAACGUACGUGCGGCAAAUAAUAGGAGUAGUGAGGAUCAUAUUCACGAGCAGAGUGCGCCAUUCUUAGUGGAGACUCUUCUUGAUUUCCUGUCAUCCUAUUACUUCCUUUGCAUGGUCAAGGCCCUUACGUCAUGCCCAGGGUAUUAAAGUAGUUGCCCCCGGCGCUGACGUCAGCGGAUUACUCGCAAGACUGUGACAAAUGGAUUAACUGUGUCUCAUCGCCGCCUCCAACGGGAUUAGCUGCAUCCACGACAAAAGCCGCGAGUGUAUCGGAAAACUGCUCCGGAUUAUGUGACGUGCUUUGGUUCGCGCAUCAGUGGCGACUGGCCUGCCGUCGACAACCGGGAUAGUCCCAUGGGGGGGCUCUAGACACUCGGGGGGUACCGCUCCUGCGCCUGCACCUGCUACCACGAUGUCUCCGCUGACGUUGUUCACGAACCCUACGGCGGGCGGGACACGGUCUACCCACGGCGCCGCUCACACAGUGGGCCUCUGGGCCACUCUCAGUUCCCUUGCUGUGCUGACAUUUAUGGUGCUUACACUAGCGGCCGUCGACGAGGACGGUCCUGCACAGAGCCGCCGGCCGCAUGUCGGCGCGCCCACGUCGUCGCCCCAAGACUCCAGGAACAUCGCUUCGAGGGUCGCAUCGCGGCGCGUUCGUUCGGCCGAGGCGUCGCUCGUGUCGGCGCCCGAGAUCUUGAACCCCAAGCUGUUCCCGGACAUCGAGCAGCCGGCGUUCGACAACAGCACGCCGCGCAACGUCACCACGCAACAGAUGCAGACCGUGUACCUGCACUGCAUAGUCAACAACCUCGGUGAAAGGACGGUGUCCUGGAUCCGCCGCCGUGACUUCCAUGUGCUUACGGUGGGCUUGACAACGUACACAGCUGAUGACCGGUUCCAGGCGGUGCACAUGGACCGCUCCGAGGAUUGGAUGCUGCAGAUCAAGCGCGUCCAGCCCACCGACGCCGGAGACUACGAGUGCCAGAUCAACAUGCACCCACUCAUCUCCUACUUUGUGCGGCUAACCGUCUUGGUGCCACGCGCCCGGAUCCUGGAGGCACCGGAGCUGUUCAUCAACAGUGGCUCGUCGAUCAACGUGAGCUGCGCGAUCGAGCACAGUCCCGAGCCGCCAGUGUUUGUGUUCUGGUACCACAACGACCGCGUCAUCAACUACGACGAGACGAAAGGUGGCCCGGGUCACAUCUCGGGCACUAAGCGGCCUCCCGACGCGUAUGUCAGCAGCCUUUUCAUACGGAACGCCCGACCGCAGGAUUCCGGCAACUACACCUGUGGCCCGUCGAACGCCGACUCCACGAGCGUCGUGGUGCACGUGCUCAACGGUGAGAAGAGAGCCGCCAUGCAGCACGACUUCUCGCCAUCGCGGGCCCUCCUUCCGGUCUCGGUGGAGGCGAGGCUGGUGCUGUGCUCCCUGUUCACGACGCUAGGCGUCGCCUUCAGGCUCACCUCUUCUUGACCGUCCUGCGCGACCAAACUCGUCACGCUUCUUCAAAGCUUCAUCGCUGUCCGUCCAAACUCACAGGCCCCCAAGAGAGGUCUGGCCGUCUCAGCAAAAGCUCAUAUGGGUUGCUGGGUGCCGUUCAAGCGCAUCCAAUCACUUCCACCCCAUCGUUCCUGCUGAAAGACAGUGUCCGUGUUUGUGCGUGAUAUGAUGGAGUGACUCAGCACUCGUGGUUCAUCCGGCCCGGUUGGCAGCGCUGGACCCGCAGUGCGCCUGCUCGGCGCCCGCACGCAGCAGUGCCGCACCGCAGGGCUGCCGAAACGGUGCUCUUGUAGCAGGGACGAUUUCGUGACGCCACAUACGAAAGUCGGCGAACGCUAAGUGGACCUACUGCAAGCCGGGUCCUAGAGACGCUCCUC